AUGUCUGCCUCACUACGACUACGCCCUUGGAGGGCAAUUGAAACCCUCCAAAAUGCCACACAGAGCCCAAUCACCCCAAGAGCCACCAGCCAAAGAAUCAACCAGCUCUACAACCCAAUGACCAAGCGUACAAUCGCCCACAGCCAGAGCCGCAACAACCAGACUUCACCCAAGCCCGCGCCAGCAUCCUCAGCACCGAAGCCAUCCUCCGCAUCAAGCAGCCCGGCGUCGCGCGUCUCAGCCCCCACACCAGAGCGCGCAACAACAGAAAACAUCUCCAAAAGCGGCCUAUCCGACAAACCCGUCGAGCUCGAGGACCCAGCCGAAGAGAAAAUCGACUGGACUCGCUCCUUCCACGGUCUCUCAGCAGCUCCAUUCCCCAAAGAAGCAGCCGACAUCCUCCUCGCCGAGACAGACCCCAUGGAAGUCGAGAUCAAGCCCGACGGCAUCCUCUACCUACCCGAGAUCAAGUAUCGACGAAUUCUAAACCGCGCAUUCGGACCAGGCGGAUGGGGUCUCGUUCCCCGCAGUGAAAGCAUCGUCACGCCCAAGACAGUGACGAGGGAAUACGCGCUGGUCUGCAAUGGACGACUUGUCUCCGUCGCGCGCGGUGAACAGGAUUACUUCUCUCCCGACGGUAUCCCCACCGCUACGGAGGGGUGUCGGUCGAACGCGCUAGUGCGCUGCUGCAAGGAUUUGGGAAUUGCAAGCGAGCUGUGGGAUCCGCGGUGGAUUCGGAAUUACAAGACGAAGUAUACGAGGGAGGUAUUCGUGGAGCAUGUGGUUAAUAAGCGAAAGUCGAAGAUUUGGACACGGAAGGAUGAUCCUGUUGGAUAUCCUUGGAAGGAGAGUAAAUAG